GUUUUCCGUCUAGCUAGCUGUCAAGUUAACGUCAAUCCGUCAUCACCGCAGGGAUUGUUUGUAAAAUUCAUUUCUGCUCACUCAGCUUCCCAUUUCCUAUCCUAUAUUCCCUACAGUGAGCGUGUAGCGGUCGUGGUCGUUUUGUUCUGGAAUACGGAAGCAAAAUGUUGGCCGGAGUUUUAUUACUUCUGACCGUAACUGCUGUUUUCGCUGGAGUUCCGAGUGAAGAUUCUAAAAGGCUAGUUGAUCAGUUAUCAGAAUCUGAACACUUUAAGAAUGAACACCACAAUAAGCAGUAUGAUCAUGACGCGUUUUUGGGUCAGGAUCAAGCCAAAACUUUUGACCAGCUAGCCCCUGAAGAGAGUAAAAGAAGACUUGGAAUCAUCGUAGACAAGAUAGAUGGGGAUGGCGAUGGUUUCAUCACACUUGUGGAGUUGAAGGAUUGGAUCAGAUACACACAGAAGAGGUACAUUGAUGAGGAUGUCGAGAGGCACUGGAGGCAGCACAACCCUAAUAAUGAAGAUGAGAUCUCUUGGGAGCAAUACAGGAAGAAUGUGUACGGCUUCAUGGAUGACAUGGAUGAUAAGGAAAAGUACUCACCUAACAGCGAGGGGUUCACUUACAAUGGUCUGAUGAAGAGAGACCGCAGGCGUUGGCACCACGCUGACGGCAACCAGGACGACUCGCUGAACCGCACGGAGUUCGCCGGCUUCCUGCACCCCGAGGACCACCCCGACAUGCGCGAGAUUGUCGUGCUCGAGACCAUGGAGGACAUCGACAAGGACAACGACGGCCGCAUCUCCAUUGACGAGUACAUCGGCGACAUGUACCGUCCAGAAGAGGGCGAGGAGGAGAGCGAGCCCGACUGGGUCAAGCAGGAGAGGGAGCAGUUCUCCGAGUACAGAGACACAAACAAAGACGGUUUCAUGGACGAGCACGAAGUGAAGAACUGGAUCGCGCCACCAGAGUUCGACCAUGCGGAAGCGGAAGCCCGCCAUCUUGUUUUUGAAGCCGACGCGGACGCAGACGAGAAACUAACCAAGUCGGAAAUCAUAGACAAAUACGACCUCUUUGUUGGAUCUCAAGCGACCGACUUCGGAGAGGCACUGGCCAGACACGAUGAGUUUUAAAAAAGGAACGGUGUUUAUAACAUGCGCCCGUAAAAACACAAGGAAUUAAUGAAAUGCAAUAUGUGUUCAUUUUAUGCGGCGUUAACUAUAUCGAUUCUACGUUGUGAGCGUAUUUUGUAAGGUCAUAAUCGACCUAUGCCUUUAACUUUUAACGUCUGAAUCGAUAUUGUUUAUAACAUUCGAUGAGUCUUAUGAAUUAGUUAGUUCAUAGUCACAUUAACCUUCGAACCCAGUUUGGUAUUCCAUACACUGAAAGGAUUCCAAUAUACUUAUCUAUGUUUUAUAUUAUUUAAUGAAUAUUUUUAUAUACUUACAUUUUAUUUUGUGCCAUUUUUUUUUAUAAAUUUUAUAUUUUCGAUAAAUAUUUCCAGUUAUUUAUUAAAAGCCAUGAUUAUCCAAUGGCAAAACAAAACCACUAAUUCCAACCAAACAUACCUGGUUAUUAGCAAAAAAAUGAGUUUGUAAUAUUUCGCAUCUAUGUAUAAAACAUACAAUUUAUAUUAUGGCAUGGACUUUAAUGCUUUUGGUACACAACAAAAAAUAUAUAAUUGGUACUUAACAAA